UUCUCUACACUUCAAAAUCAAAUUCAAACACAAUUUCAAAAGAGCUCGAAUGUCAAUGAAGAGUAUGGUCGCGCAAUAAGGACUGAAUCAUAUUUAGAUUUCUUAUUGAAAGCACAACUUGUAAAGAAUGAAGGAGGAUUAUCACCUUCUCAUCACUCUGAGUUUUGUGAUUUCUUCCUCGAACCUAACCAAGAAACCGUAGAACGUGUUAUUGAAUCAUCGGUGCUUUUCAAGAAACUAGGCCUCGAGCAACUUAUAGUUAAAUACUUUGAUAUGAGCGUCGAGGCAUCAAGAAUUUGUAGUCACCUUCUCAAUAGCAUUGAUCGAAUCCACUCUAGCUACGGGUCAAUUGAGAAUAUAUUCUCCUCAAUUCAAGAAGAUUGUCAUCGCGAUCAAACCAUAACAUUCACUACUCAAUUACAAUCAUUUCUUGUUGUUAGCGACCCCACUUUUUCCGUCGCUAAGCAAGAGUUCAAAAGGAUCCAAGACGAGUACAUGUCAAUCUUGAGUGACCUCAACUCCAAGAGGAAAAAGAUUGCAAAAAGGAUAAAGAUAUUAAGUCGCCUCAAGAAGGCUUAUGGGAUUAUCUUACCGGUUGCAUGUGGCUUGUUAACCGUGGCAACCUUGAUUUUAGCGACACAUACAGCAGCUAUUGCAUUGGUUAUUGGUCCCGUCGUGUUAUGCCUACCCAUGAAACCUUUGAGGAAGAAAAUGACAUGGCCACGAUCAUUUAGAUUAGGGUUUCUCAAGAAAACCGCUAACCAGCUAGACGCUGCGACUAGAGGGUCAUAUAUCUUCAAUCGAGAUUUCGACACCAUGGGUCGACUCAUUGGCAGGAUAAACGAUGAGAUCGAGCACAAUAGAACAAUGGUUAAAACGUGCUUGGAGAGGAAGGAUGGUGGGAAAUACUCCUUUCAAGUGUUGAAAGAGCUUAAAAGAGGUAAUGUUGGGUUUAAAGAACAAGUGGAGGAGCUUGAGGAACAUGUUUAUUUGUGCCUUGUGACCAUAAACAAGGCUAGGGCUUUGCUCUUGAAGGAACUUGCACCAGCUUGUGUAUAA